CCGUAGUACUCGCUCUUUUUUUUCUCCUUCUUUACGCUUUUUUCACCGCCAUGGGAUAAUUUUGAUUUUCCCGAGACUCAUCGUCGCGAUCGAAGGUUAAUUGUCCCGCCUUUAAUUCUAAGCCAGGGGACCCGCUAGGAUAAUUCCGCGACGGAAUUCCGAGAGCCCGAGCGCGCGACCCGCGGCCCAAAACGAGAAAUGGAUACCGAGCACGUACUGAGGAGCGACAUCGGGCAAUGCCUGAAAUUGAUAGUGUCGGGGAACGACGCGGCCGUCAGCGACGGCUGGCUGAUGCUGCAGAAUCUGCAGGAACGCGAAUUCGGCCAGCUGACCGACUGCGAGGACACCCUGCGGGAUGUCCUCAGGGGCGAGAUAGCGAACGUGUCGCAGGUGGCCAAGAUCAUGGCCUGGAUGUCGGGCCGCAUCGCCGAGAAGCGUUUCAACAUCAAUCCCAUAUCGAACGACGUCGCCCAUCUGCUGCGGAACACGAGGAUCGACGAUAUGUCGCAUCUCACGGAGAUCCUCAACGCCCUCGCGGAUCACCGGGCGUACCUGCCCAGGUCGGCGAAUCACACGAAACUCUGCGAGGCGAUAGUCACGAGCCUGUCCACCUUUCAGAUGCCCUUGGAGCCGAAAAAAAUAUCCGAGUUCUACGACAACACCGCCAAGAUCCAGCACUUUCUCAAGGCGCUCUGUUCGAACACAAAGAACGGCGAGCGUGACAUUCUAAUGUUUACCUGCCUCCAAACCCUGUACAAUAUCAUAUCGGACACAAACAGAAAGCCGGAACCCGGCCCGGGGCUCGCUGCCAUAUUGCAGCUGGUGGAAGCUUCCGUUAUUCCACAGGCGGUCGACUGGAUUCUGUCCCAGUCGCAUACCGAUCAUCAGCUGAUACAGGCCCUGAAAGUUCUGUGCAAUUGGCUCCCGAAAUGGCUUGAGGAUCGACUCGGCGUUUGGAUCAUGGAGUUCAUACGUGGCUUGGAGAAGCAGCACAAGUAUUCCACCCUUCUCGAGCUUACGGAAUCUUCGAUAGACAUGCUGGUGUUGAUGUGCCGAGUGUUGCUGGUACCUGUGAUCCGUCAAAACGCUUCCAACAUUAUAUUUUACAUCUUGAAGAGGCAGAGCUCGUUGUCGUUCGUACAGAAUGUGGCCAAGAGGAUACCGGCGUUGAUAAAGGACCUGAUGAAGGAAGAUUCGGACUCCAGUAAGGAGUGCAUACAGAAUUUAGUCGACAUCAUGAAGGUAUACAGCAAGAGAUUUUCUACCUGCAUACCUUGCGGAAACACAGAAAAUUAUCCUUUCCCCGUACUACCGAGAAUGCAAGUCGUCAGAGAGCUCUACAGGGAGCCGGUGUGGAUAGACGAGACAAAGGAAUUUGAACCGAUCGUGGAGCCGGAGAGGCCGUUGUCUGGCAAAGUCGGGCUGUCCAAUCUCGGAAACACUUGCUAUAUGAAUAGCGUUUUACAAGCCUUAUUAAUGACCCGACAGUUCUGCCAAGAAGUAUUGAAUUAUCGUCCUCUGAACGAAUCGGGUAAAACACCCCUGCUGGAGAAACUUCAAAAUCUGUUUGCAUUACUGUUGUAUUCCAAGAGAAUAUGUUUAGCGCCAACUGAGGUAUUGCGAUCGUCGCGACCGACAUAUUUCUUACCUGGGCAGCAGCAGGACAGUUCAGAAUUUCUCUGUCAUCUUUUGGACGUUCUGCAUGAGCAAGAGAAAUCCGCCCAUUCAAAUUGUGGAGGAAACGAUAGCGCAGCGAAAUGCAAGAUUGAGAAGCAGGAAGACGACGAGACGUUGUCGAUGGAACCAACAAAAAGUAUUAUUAAACGUUGGACCACUGAAGAAGAUCUAACAGAAGGCUUGGCCUUGCAACGGAAAACGCAAUCAUUGGCGGACUUUACACGAGGUGAAGAGCUAGGACAACGGCUUAGCGAUUCUCAUUCGGAUUCGACUGACAGCGGUAUACAAUCCGUAGGUGGCGAAGAAACGGGCACAUACACGUCUCUCGUACACAGAGUGCUGGGCGGAGAGUCCCAGAUCACUCACCAAUGCGCACAAUGUGACACCAGUUCUCGCAACACGGACAAAUUUCGCGACCUGCAGUUGUGCUUCCCCGAAGAGAUACAGGAGAACCAAGAGGUUUCCGUUCAGGAUCUCAUCAACUAUUAUCUCACGCCGGAGAAGCUCACGGGGGAGAACAAGUAUCGAUGCGACAAGUGCACGAAAUUAUGCGACGCGCAGAGGAUCAUUACGAUCUUGCAAGCGCCCGCGCACUUGAUCCUAACGUUGAAACACUUUCGAUACGACUUCGAUUCACGAUUAAGGACAAAACUUCGGCACAAAGUAGUAUAUAACGAUACCAUACAGUUGCCGGUGUCGGCGAUACCGUACACCGUAGCGGAAACGUAUCACUUGUAUGCCGCUGUCGUUCAUUCCGGAUACAGUAUGGAUUACGGGCACUAUUUCACGUACGCUUGCGAUUCCAAGCAGACUUGGUACAAAUUUAACGACAGUUUCGUAACGCAAACCACGUUCGAGGACUUCAAGAGCUUGAAACCUCCCGACACGCCCUAUAUAUUGUUUUACGAAAAGUCGGGAGCCCAUGACGGGCUCUACGAGGACGACAAGCCCGAAUUGUCGACUCUAAGUAAACGUAUUCAGGAAUUGAUAGCGAAUGACACUACAGAUUAUAUUGAGGAGCUGCGACGUCGAGCGAUGGCGUCGCAACGUAGUCAACUUCCGGCAAAGCCUUUGAGACAGCAUAACAAUUCCGACGAUGAUAAUCCGCCCCCCAGUAGCUGUCGCGGUGCAAUCGACGUCCCGGCGAAUCGGUUUCUUUAUUGAAUCUGUUACAACACGAACGGCGACGCAUCUUGCCAAUUGUAAACAACUCUGUAUUUGUUCUAAGUAUUUUAUAUAUAUAUAUACAUAGAUAAAAAAAAAAAAAUCGCAAUCAGCCUGUAUAAUCGCAGAAAGUCGCGUUUUAUGGUUCUGUACCAUAUCGUAUCGCUGUGGAAAAUUUCAUUAAGAAUUGAUAUUAGAUUUUACAUCUUACGUUUACCAAGUGGAAUACAUAUAUCACUGUACAUGUACAUCACACUACUGUAACUCGACGAUAGUUACGCUGUCCGGAAAGUAGUUAUGCAGCUCUGCAAAAUAGUGCGAAGUGCAAUGAUAACCAGAACUCGAAUCUGUGCAAAACGGAUAUGUACAUAACAUAUAAAUGGAUACACAUACGAAUGAUAAUUACACGAAUGAGCAAAUACGUUCAUACAUGUACGAGGGAUGAAACGUAUUAAGACUAAAAAACAAAUUAGUGUUUUUAUUUAUUAAUCGCUAAUAAUGUAUUUGUAUUAUAAUGUGUUCAGCAUAUUUUUAAAUCAGUGUCUCUCGGUUGUUUUUAAAUUUAUGUAUUAUUGAGAAGAAUUAUACAUUGGAACAUCUCAAGUUUUAUUUUUAUCAUUAUUUCGUUUUUAUAAAAUUUUAAGUUAACUGAAUGCGUGGGUGUAUGCCUAUGUGUGCGUGCGUAUAUGUGUGCACUAUUAAAUUAUGUUUCCUUAAAUACAACACUUUUUAUUUUACCU